UAACUUUUGUUCAAGCACUUUUUUGGAAGACGCUUUUUUGGCAUGGAUAUAGUCGCUCAAAUUCGUGGGAAGGAAAGUGUUAAGAGGGUCUGGUUACAUCACCUCUUCCAGUUCGGGAGCUUACCAAACCGAAGCUGAACCUUUGAUCCAUCAGCGAACUUGUGACCAGUCAGUCAUCUUUUAACCUCCUUCGAAAAAUGAUUGCCUCUUUCGGUCGACCAGUUUGGACCAUCAUUCGCGAAUGGUUCCAGGAUACCUCGUCCAAAUUUGGCCAAGUAUGGUCCACCAAUGAAGGAAGUGAUUGUUUCUACGCGCUGGAUGUGUUGCUUCAUCUGGCUGGAGUUCCGAAUGAACUCACUUCGAAAUGGCGCUGGGAAAGUACAGUUCGCUACUUUCUACAUGCUUUGUACGCUUUCCAAACGGUCAUAGCAUUCCUGCAGACGAAGCACGUGAUUGAGCGGGAUAAUGUGUUCGACUUAUUUGUCGAGGUCAUGAAGUGGACCUUUUUCAUUGUGGCCUACUUCAAAAUGUUCAUUAUGAUCCGGUUGGGUCGAUCGGUAGCUGCCGUCCGGAAGUUCAUAGCCGGCAAAGAAAUGCAAUCCGGAGACGCAGCCUUCGAUGAGCUGCAGCGGAUGAAAUUCAAAAGAUCUGCGCUUUUCUUGUUGAGAAUUCUAUUCGUACUGAUGGUGAUGGAUGCCAUUUUCCUGUCUGUUCCGAGCGGAGCGACGGCAAUUGUGUUUUUCGUUCCACCGGAGAUGAAAGGGGCUGGGCCGACGGCGACGGUGAUAAUUCAUUUUUUCGGCAUAAGCCUAUUGCCAUUUUUGAUUCUUUGUAAAUUUUCUUGCAACAUGGCGACCGUUGGAAUGCUUUUGAUGGGGAUGCAGGCUAACAUAAAAAUUUUGGCUAAUCGGUACGUUAAAAUAAUGGAUAAGAGUUUCGAUACAGAACACCAUUUGGAGCAACUGGAUCGGGAGGUGCGAAGCGCCGUGGAUCAACAGAUGGAGUACUGGAGACAUCUCCACAUCCUGAGAAAUCUCGUCGAAAAAACGUUUUUCCUGGUGCACUACUACGCUAUUUUCAGCAUCGGAGGAUUCUACUACAUCACCCAAAACAUCGGUGUCAAUGCAUUCUCGGCCCUGCUGAUGGCCACAACGCCCAUCUUCCUGGUGGAAUACUACCUGUGGUGUAAUUUGGUGGAGUCUAUUCAGAAUGAGGCCGAAACGAUUGGAGACGUGAUGUAUGAGCUGUGUGCCAAGAUGCCGUACCAUAGGGAGAAGCAUUCUGCUUAUGUUCGGUUGAAGUCCAACAUGCUGAUUCUGUGGAUAAACAGUUGCAACAUCCGGGCGAUGAAAUGUUUGGGGCUGUUCGAUAUUUCCACGCUGGCGUUCGUUGAUUUGGUUAAUGUGAGCUACUCGGUGCUGAUGUUCCUGAUCAAUAUGAGUUAAGCGUGUGGUGAAUUUGAUGUGUCUUGGGUCAUUACCAAGAAUUUCUAAAUUUUCGUCACAAAGCAGUUUUUCCGAAUUUAACCCUCUAAUACCCAAUCCCGCCUCUAGACGGGGUAUAGUUUGAGCAUUUUUGUAAUUUUUGUUUCGUGGAAAAUCAUUUUUUUAUAUUUUUGACUGAUAUUUAGGACUGUUCUGUAUAUCUCGAAAUGGUUUUUGGUGUUUUUUAAAGCGUAUUUACAUUUUUUAAAGAUCAUUGAAAAUUGAUGUUUUAAUCACAAUCUAGAAGUCAUUGUUUAUUUUGUAUUGAAUCGUUACAAUUAACAUAUUUUAAUUUUUUCCCAAAUCAUUCUAUCAUUGUUUAAUAGUUUAAGAGAAUCGAAUACACUCUAAAAUUAUUUUCCUUAAAAUAACACGGAAAAUAAAAUUUUCUGUGAAAAAUAAUUCCAGGAAAAAUAUAAAAGUGUGAGGAUGUUCAAAAGUAAAAAUUAGAAAAACAAAAACUGAAAUUCACGAAAUCGAGAUUUAAAAAGAAUUAUCUUCCAAAACAUGUUUAGAUCGAUUUUUGAUGACGAAAAAUGAUAUUUAGAUCAAACUCAAAAAUUUGGGUAUUAGAGGGUUAAACCCCAACUAAACCAAAUCAGGACUGUUUCAUGAAAAUAUAAGUUCGUUUCACUAGUACACGUUUGAUUAACAUGCACAAUAGCAUGAAACGAGCUCACCAAUAAUCAUUUGUCCUUGUGUUCAUUGGAGAAGAAUGCAAAUAAAAAAAGCUGCGUUUUUUUCUUUUUUUUUUUAUUUAUUUCUUAAACGUUUGAACAUCAAAAUAUACACAAAACAAGCGAUGACAUGGUUCCUGGUAGACAUCAGGGUAAUGUAAACUUCUAGUUUUUAGUAAACUCACAUACCAAACCUAUCAAUUGUCAUAGGCUAGGCCCAAUUCUAAAAGAGUUUGUUUAAUUUCGAACGAAAACACAUUAUGUAUAAAUUAGAAAAAAAAUAUUUCGUUGAUU